AUGUCUGAAGCCGAAUUCAUUGCUACAUCAACAACAACCAACGAAGAUCAGAAACCUGAACUAACAACAGGAGAAUCCAACAAUCUUUCCCUCGAUUUUAGUAUUAAAUUCGAUUUGGAGAAGGUCAUUGAAAAAUAUUCAGCAAGCGCAUCAUGGAAUGAAACUUCUAGAAAAACCUUCUCUGAUUUCCUUCAUCACUUCUUGAUUUAUGUACUGAUGAAUAGAGGAGAGAAUCAGAGAAAAGUUUUCACUUUAAAAACCUCAUCAGAAGGAGAAGCUUCAAUCAUCAAGUACAUGAAGGAACAUACACCAGAAAGCAUUGAAAGAGCACAAUUGAAUGACCCCGAUAAUUAUACAAGUGGUGACUUGUUUGAAGAAAUAACCAAGGAAAAUGUUGCUGAAGAUUUGAAACCAUUUGCACAUUCUGAAAGUAUUAAAGCAAUUUACAAGUUUACUGAUCGUUCAAAUGGUGAACAACCUGUCACUCACCAAGUGAUUCAUCUCUCCUUUGAUUUUGAACAAGUUAAGGAGUUUAUUUUGGAACACUUUGAAUUUCAUCAAGAUGUGUUUUGCAGAGAAGUGAGCUUGACUUGUAUUUGUGCUGGUUUUUCAGCCUUGUUGGAAUAUAUUGCUGCAGAAAUUAUUGAACUCUCAGGCAGAUUCACAGAGGAGAAAGUUUUGACCGUAGCUGCUCUCCAGAAAGGUUUACAAUCUGACCCAGCACUUUCCUCCUUGCCAUGUUCUCAUAUCAUCCUCGCUCAACUUCCUUAA